AUGUCGGAGCGGAAGAGCGGUGAGGAGCUCACUCUUUUUGACUCAAUUGUUUUUGGAAACAUGAAGCUGUGGAUGAUUUGGAAGGCAAUAGAUGAGGGCAGAGGAACUUUGUUGGGAUUAGGCGAAGCAACCUCUUGGACAGAAACAAUGACAUUUUCAACAUAUAAGGCAAACUUCAGGCUGGGAAAAAAAUUUUAUUACGCUAUAUUUGGCUACUUGGCUAAAUUGUUUGGUCAGAGUAGCUGUAACACUUCAAACAUUCGUAGGGCUAGUAGAAAAGUUAUAGAAUCGGAAAAAAGGAGGUCUCUAUGUUCUGGGAUGUUGUUAAAAACGGACAAAAGUGGACAAAAAGAGGAACUGUCAAAAGUAUCGGCGGCCGGACCAGAUCAGGCGGCAGCAACGACAACACCUCCCUCAAGUCCAGAAAAAAAAAAGAAAGGUGGCGGAAAUAAAUUUCUAAGGAGGCCAACUGUGACACCGGAAAUACCGGGAAGUGCAUUAGAAGAUGUGGUGGCAAAUCGUCGCCGACAAACGCAAGUACUUCACGUACGUGAAACCGGCUCACUGCAUUUGAUUUCUCGUCGAGCAUUUGCUUCUCUGAACCUCUGCCGCAGAAGAGGUGCAACGGGGAGAGGAGGGGAGGGUGAAGCUCAAUAA